UUAGUUAAAAAAACUUGAGUUGGAAUUGGAACUUGGGAACAUAACUUACUUUCUCUACCCUAACCCUCGAUUACAAUUUUGCAAUUCGGAGUUCUCUCCCUACAUUCAUCCACUCCAGUUUUAUACUUUUGUUAUAUCCAUCUAUAAAUUUAUAAAUCACCCCACAAUUUCGAUUUCGAAUUUCCAGCAGCAAUCUACGUUUUUACAAAUUUGAGGAGCAGAUAAGAAGAGUUCUUGAUAAGAAUUUUCAGGAAUUUUUCGACGACACCGGAGAGAGUUGGAUCUUCCAAAAUUUUGAAGGAACUUCUGCCCUCCAAUUGCUCUUAUGGGCACUGCACAAAAUUUUGGCCCUCCUCCUGUACCUGCACAGUUUCGUCCUGCCGUCCCAGGGCAGCAGGGGCAGCCAUAUUUACCUGGGUCUUCUCCGCAGUUCCCUUCGGCUGGCCAGAAUAUGCCUGGGCAGAAUAUGCCUUCUGGUCCUAAUCAACCUAUGCACCAUAAUCAACCAAUGCAGUUUUCUCAACCCAUGCAACAGUUACCUCCGAGACCUGGGAUGCCUGGUGUUCCUUUUUCGUCACAAGGUAUGGGUAUGUCAUAUGGUCAGCAAAACAGGCCUAUGACAUUGGGUGCUCAGCAGAAUCAGCAUUCUGCACCACCUUUUGGCAAUCACACAUCUGGUGUAGGUGGCAUGGGAGUUCCUUUUUCUUCAUCGUAUACAUUUCAACCAGUUUCCCACUUGCCAACUCCUGCAGCACCGGUUGCUGGACAUCCAUGGUUAUCAUCUGGUGGUCAAAGCUCUGCACCUUUUGUGCCAGUUCCACCAACAGCAGAACAGUCUCCAGUUUCUUCUACCAUUGGUCUUGCUGUUAAUCUUCCUGAUACUAGUCAACAGUCCUCAUCUGAUUGGCAAGAGCACACCACUCCCGAUGGCAGAAGGUACUAUUAUAACAAAAAAACAAAGCAAUCUAGCUGGGAGAAGCCUUCAGAACUGAUGACCCCACUGGAGAGAGCUGAUGCAUCUACUGUGUGGAAGGAAUUUACGACUCCAGAAGGGAAGAAGUAUUACUAUAACAAGGCUACGAAGGAAUCAAAAUGGACCAUACCUGAGGAGUUGAAGUUGGCGCGUGAGAGAGCUGAAAAAGCAGCUAGUCAGGGAGCACAGUUGGAAACAGGGGUGAAUUCUCAAUCCAAGCCAGCUGGAAGUUUAACCCCUGAGGAAGCACGUACAGCUGCUGCCGUUCUCGCCAGCUCCAAUGUAUCAUCAUCUGCCACUUUAAGUGUUCCACCAGCUGUCAACCCAUCACCUUUGGUUAAUGCUGCGUCAGCAGAAAUCCCUGUGGGGCAUUCAGCUGCUCCGACCAGCAUGGCUGUAACAAACACUCCUGCAGUAACUGCACCUCUGUCAGCUUUCACUACUGGAGAUCCUGGGCUUCCUGCUUCCUCAAAUGCCCCCCUUAUAACAGUGAAUGCUGCAGACAAAUUACAGUCUCAAGAAACCUUAACUCCUAUGGAUGGAGCUCCUGUGCAGGAUCAUGAGGAAGCGCACAAAGGGAUGUUAGCUGCUGCGAAAGGUGAUUUGAUUGAGAAACCAGCGGAUGACGAACCUUUGGUUUUUGCGAGCAAACAGGAAGCAAAAGCUGCAUUUAAGUCACUUCUUGAGUCUGCAAAUGUUCAGUCUGAUUGGACCUGGGAUCAGGCAAUGAGGGUGAUAGUCAAUGACAAGAGGUAUGGUGCUCUGAAGACGUUAGGAGAGCGAAAGCAAGCAUUUAACGAGUAUUUGGGUCAGCGGAAGAAACAGGAGGCUGAGGAGCGACGCAUGAGGCAAAAGAAAGCCAAGGAAGAGUUUAUGAAAAUGCUGGAAGAGUCGGAGGUACUGACAUCAUCUAUAAAAUGGAGUAAAGCUAUUACUAUGUUUGAAGAUGAUGAACGGUUCAAAGCUGUUGAAAAGCCCAAAGACAGGCAAGAGCUUUUCGAGAAUUACUUGGUGGAACUCCAAAAAAAGGAAAAGGAGAAGGCAGAAGAAGAGUAUAGGCGGAAUAGAGAAGAAUACUGGAAGUUUCUUGAAUCUUGUGACUUUAUUGAGGCAAACAGCCUAUGGAGAAAAGUUCAGGACCGCUUGGAGGAUGAUGAAAGAUGCUCACGUCUUGAAAAGAUUGAUCGCUUAGAAAUAUUUCAGGAUUAUAUACGGUAUUUGGAGAAGGAAGAAGAGGAACAGAAGAAGCUUCAGAAGGAGCAAUUGAGGAGAGUAGAGCGAAAGAAUCGUGAUGAAUUUCGCAAGAUGUUGGAGGUUGAUACUGCAGCUGGUGCUCUCACUGCAAAAACAAGCUGGCGUGAAUAUUGUGGCAAGGUCAAAGACUCUCCUGCUUAUCUUGCUGUAGCACGCAACACAUCUGGGUCUACUCCGAAAGAUUUGUUUGAGGAUGUGGUUGAUGAAUUGGAAAACCAGUACCACGAUGACAAAAGUAGAAUAAAAGAUGCGAUGAAGUUGUGCAAGAUUGUUAUGACUUCAACUUGGACCUUUGAGGAAUUUAAGGCAUCUAUUUCCUUGGAGCUUGGGUCUCCACUAAUAGCAGAUAUCAAUUUGAAGUUGGUAUUUGAAGAGCAGCUCGAGAGGGUCAAAGAAAAGGAGGAGAAAGAAGCUAAAAAGCGCCAGCGUCUUCUCGAUGACUUUACUGAUCUGUUGCGUUCUCUUAAGGAAAUAACUGUGUCUUCUUUGUGGGAUGAUUCUAAACAACUCUUUGAAGAAAGUGAAGAAUACAGGGAAAUUGACAAUGAAAUAUUGGCGAAGGAGGCCUUUGAGGAUUAUGUUGUGUACCUGCAAGAGAAGGCGAAAGAGAAGGAACGAAAGCGUGAGGAGGAAAAGGCGAAAAAGGAGAAAGAGAGAGAAGAAAAGGAGAAGAGGAAGGAGAAGGAUAGGAAGGAAAAAGAUAAGGAUCGUGACCGAGAAAAGCGGAAAGAACGCUCUAAGAAAGAGGAAACAGAUGAUGAAGCUAUGGACGCAACUGAUAGUCAUAAUAGCUACAAGGACGAGAGUAGAAAGGAGAAGGAAAAAGACAGAGACAGAAAGCAUAGGAAGCGGCACCAUGAUACCACUGAUGAUGUAACUUCUGACAGGGAUGAUGAUAGAGAGAGACGUCAACGAAAGCGGCACCAUGAUACCACUGACGAUGUCAGUUCUGAAAGAGAUGAUAAAGAGGAGCACAAGAAAUCUCGCAGACAUGGUAGCGACCGUAAAAAACCUCGUAAGCAUGAACACUCACCUGAUUCAGAUGGUGAGAGUAAACAUAAAAGACACAAGAGGGAUCACCGGGAUGGUUCUCGUAGAAGUGGUGCACAUGAUGAUCUUGAAGAUGGGGAGCUUGGUGAGGAUGGUGAAAUCUCGUAGUCCGCACGAAGUAAUCAACCUCUGCCUCCUCCUAUCCUUGGUAUCAAUAGAAUCUAAAUUGUAUGCAUUCCUUCCCCAACAUAGUUUUGUUCUUUUCAUAUACCUAUUCUAUGAUUAUCUUGUUCGACAAUUAGAUGUGUUUUUCUUUUCUAUCUUCUGGGAUCGAGUGUUUAGUAUUGUCACUUUUUUUAAAAAUGCACAUGUUUAUGAUUAAAUGGAAAAUAUGAACGUGUCUCACUUAGUUUA